CCCCUGUCCCCCAUGGAGUCGCUUCUACUCUCCUCCUCUGCUCGCCUCCCCUCGCAUCUCAUGCUGCUCACCCCGUCAGCACCAGCGCUAGACUCUGCAGGAGCUGCAGCAGACGCUGCUUUCGCAAGAGCAGCAGGAGGAGGAGGAGAGGGAGCAGGGGCAACCAUGGGACUUGAUUCAGUUCCCCUGGUGACGGCGCUUGCUGCACUGACAAGCCUCGGCCAGCUCUGCGGCGUGCCUCGCUCACCUUUCUACACACGCUCUGCACCAUCACAGCUCGCAUCAGGCCACACCUCCUUUCCACGCUGUGUGCUCUGCCUCCUCACUCACCACUCUCCGCCCCUCCCCUUGCAGGCUCUGCGCCGUGCCUCACUCACCUUAAUGCACACGCUCUGCACCAUCACGACUCGCAUCAGACCGCACCUCCUCGUCCUCUCCUCCUUCUUCUCCCAGCCUGCCACCAAACCCAUUCUGGCCCUGCUUUCACCAAACACCUGCUCCCACAUUCCCCAAACUCCCACACACCCACACGCCCUCCUCCCCUGCCGUCUCCUCCCCGCCUUCCCUCUCCCGGGGCCGCCUUACCUCCCCACGCAGCUCCACAGCCUUCAGGUUGCUGUGGAUCGCAUCCUGGCCCUCUGUCUGCUCCUGCGCCUCCUCUGCUCCAUCUGGCGCUCCUCCUCCCCUCCCCUCCUCCCUCUCCUCCUCCACCUCCGCUCCACCCCCUCCCUCUGGUCCUCCCUCUCCUCCAUCCUCCACUCAUCCCCCUCCUCUCCCUCCCCAUCCUCCUCUGCACUCCCCUCCCCUCCCUCGCUCUCCUCACUCUCCCCUUCCCUCGGCACCCACUCGCCGACUGCUGACGUGGAGUACACCCCUGCUGAGCUGGCCCGAGCUGGCUGGCGCUGGCGCUGCCACGCCGCCGCCCUGCAACUCGUCUCCCUCGACCUGUUCCUGGAGAAGAAGCUUCCUGGAAAAUACCCAUCCGGAGGAGCAGCAGCAGCAGCAGCAGCAACAGGGGCGCGGAUGCUGCUGUUAGAGGCGAGGGGAGGAGGGAGGAAGGGAAGAGAGGGGUUGGGGUUGCUGGCAUGCAAGCUGCUGGCAGCUGUGCUGAUGUGGCGGGUGGCCGUUGGUGACGUGGAGGGGAUGAGCCUGCGACUGCUGGAGCAGAUUCAAUCCGUCUCCUUCCAGUUCUUUUCACACCCGCUCUUGCAGCAGCUGCACCAUCAACUCACCUCUCACCCAAAUCAACUCUCUUCAAAUCACUUCUCCCCUCACCACCACCAUCCCCACCCCUCUGACUGGAAACCCGUUCUCCUCUCCGCCCUCUGCUCCUCACUCUCCUCUCAACUCCCCACCUCCCUCUCCUCACUCUCCUCCCUCUCCUCCCUCCUCUCCUCCACUUCCCUUCUCGCCACCUCCACCUCCUCCCUCACACCCUCCUCCUCUCUCUCCAUCGCCGAACGUUGCCUGGACUCGGUGGAAGCUGCGGGGAAGCUUCUGCGGGCUCUGGCAGGGGCAGCAGGAGCAGAGGGAGAAGUGGGGGGCUUGCUGGGAGGGGGUUUGGAGUCAGGAGGAGGGGCAGCAGCAGGAGGAGCAGCGACAGGUGGGGAAGCGGGAGGGGAAGCGGGGCAGGGGCAGGGAGCAGCAGUAGCGAGGGUAGAGCAGUUAGAGAGCAUUGCAGGCAGCAUGACUACUGCCUUCUUCCCACGCAGCCUCACUGCCUCUGCUGGACUCCGCUCCUGGGGCAGCGGCAGCAGCAGCAGCAGCGGUGGUGGUGGUGCUGGUGGUGGUGGUGGUUCUGCCAGUAAGAAACCGACUCUUGCCCUGGUGGCAGCAGCAGCAGAGGCGUGUUUGGUAGCAGAUGGGUUCCUGUGGCAGGCGAGGGGGCUGCUGGGAGCAGCACGGGCUGCUGGGGACGUGCUGGCUGUCAGCAGCGGGGGAGGACUGAGCGGUGCAGAUGGGUUUCAGGGGAGUAUGGUGGGUGCGGAGGAUCCUUGGGCAUUGCAGUGCGGUGCAGAUGGGUCGGCUGCAGUUGAGCACUCGUUUCUUGAGAACACCCUCACCGCCGCUUAUCUCUUCUCCUCCUCUCGCCUCCUCCACCUCUUGAUCAUCCGCUGGACCCACCACCAGAAGCAGGAAAUUCAAGGGAAGCUUCCUGGUCAAGAAAGUCAACAGAGCCUGGCAAGUCAACAGGGCUUCUUAGAAUCCUCUGCCUCUUAUGCCUCGACCCUCGUGAGAAAGCUCAUGGAAGCUUCCCGGAAGCUGAUGGAUGCUGAGCUGGCAGAACUCGUGGGGCCGUGGCCCGCGGUGUCUACACUUGGCAGCCUCCUAUCGGUCCUGCAGCUGAUCCACGUCAUGCUGAUGUCAGAGCAGAGGAGGAGCGAGUUACGAGGUUCAUCCGCCACACCCGCCACCGUCUCCCUGCUACAAGACAAAACAGCUGACGUCACUGUGGUACUUUCCGAGAACCUUCCGGUGCUCCUCGAGGCAGCUUCCUCGAACAUCCAAGAAGACGGGCAGGGAUCCAUCGGCGCGGCAGACGCUUCCAGGAACCUUCCGAUGCAGGCUCUAGCAGUUGUGGAAAUGGCGCUAAGGUGCUUCCUCUCCCCCCUCACAUGGCGCCCAAUGGUAUCCGCCCAUCUCUCCCUCCCCUCCCUCCUCUCCUCCACACUCCAGUACCACCCACCACACUCACAAGCAGAGGCAGAAGCAGCAGCAGCAGCAGCAACAAGCGGAAACGCCACAUGGGAAAAAACGUCACCGUAUUUCUCCCAUUCGUCCCGCGCUUCUCGUUUCUCUCGCUCUGCUUCUGCGCGGGCGGUUCUAAGUCUCUGCCUCACCCUUUCGUCCACACGCGAGGGCGCAGAUCUCCUCCUGGCCGUUGGAUUCCUGCGCCACGUCAGCACCAUCACUGACGGCCUGCCACCUCACGCGCACCUCAGCGUCGGCCCUUUCCAAGAAGCUUCCGCCGCCUUUGGCGGGAUGUAUGCUGAUAGGGGGGGUUCGGAUUUCACUGCAGCAGCAGCGGCAGCAGCAGCGGCAGCAGCGGCGGCGGCGGCAGCAGCAGCAGCGGCGGCAGGGGGGAUAGCUGGGAGGGGAGCAGGAGGAGCAGGGGUAUGGGGACGGGUGGGUGUGAGUGGGGAUGCCAUGGGCACAGGCACGGCGGGAGGUUUGGGCCUCUGGGGUGCGAAGCGGCAGCAGGGACAGGCUGGGUUUGGAGCAGGUUCGGCGGGUCAAACCAAGCCUGGAGGUUCGGAAGCGGGUGGGAAGUCCGGACUGGGGGUAGGAGACGGGAAAGGAGGAGGAGUGGCCGGCGUUCGUCGUCUGCAUUCAGAGUACACGGAUACUGUAGCAAUCGAGGUGUACUCUCUCGCUCUCCACUCCCUACACUUCCUCACUUCCCUCCUCUGCAGAUAUUUCCCCUCGACCGCUGACAUGGCGGGGGGGUGUGCUGACGUGGCAGGAAUGCAGCAUUGGGCAGGGAGGGGGAUGGGGGGAGGGGAGGUAGGCGAGGGGGGGUCGAUGGGAGGGUUUGGGGGAGGAGGGGGAGGGGUGAUGGCGGGGGUAAUGGGAGGGGCGGCAUCUGCAGUCGUGGUGAUGGGGGUUGGUGCGCCCGUGCUGCCGGCACCAGAGGUGCUACACGGUUUAGAGGACCAAGCAGUGGCAAUCAUUCUAGACAUUCUCGCAUCUGUAGACCAAACCAACCACCACCCCUCCUCAUCCACCACCCCAAGCCAACCCCCCACCAACCCACCCACCUUCAACCCCUCCUCUCCUCUCCGCCCCACCACCCUCUUUGGAAACCCCAGCCUCUCCUCCUCCCCACCCGCCCGCUCCUCCCCCUCAUUCCCCUCCUCCUCCUCCUCCCCCUCCUCAUCCUCUCUCUCGUCCUCCUCGCUGCCGCCCGCCCAGCUGGCGGUGUGUCGUCUGCUUCUGGGGGUGCUGGUGAGGGCGCUAGCAGUGGAGGUGGCGUUGGUGCGCCUAGUGGGUCCCACCAUGCUGCCCUCUGCUCUCAGGCUCGAUGAUUUCGACGCUGCCGUGCAGCUCAUAGUGCAAGUGGCAGGCAGGGAGCCAUCGAUCCAGUCGGAUGUGGAGGCGGUGGUGGCACUAGUCAGCACACUCACCCACCUGUCCGCAGUCCGGCCCGGAGUCCGCCACCUCCACCGCACCUAUCGCCGCAUCUGGCGGGUUAGCCGCGACACGGGUUCCUGCAUCCGCUACUGGCGGCCCCUCUGGCCGUCCCCUGAGGCGGCGUGGGAUGGCAUCUUGAGCAUCUGGGACCGCGCUCACAUCAUCAAAGUGAGCGACGAGGAGGUGGCGUUUCUGACCAAUGGCGGCGACCCUUACAGCGAUGACGUGGCACGGUCUCUGUUCAACCUCAGCCACAAAAACAGCAGCAGCGGCGACGGUAAAGGGGAGGGGAAGCUUCGGCUGUUGCUGGUAACUGAGGGGGAGAAGGGAUGCAGGUACUACACGGAGCAGUAUCAGGGGAGAGUGGACGGGUUUAGUGUUGCUGCUAUAGACACCACUGGCGCUGGCGAUGCCUUUGUUGCUGGGUUUCUCCGCAAGCUAGCCGGAGGAGGCAGCGGUGGGAGCAGCGGUUUUGCUGCCUUGGAUUCGCUGCUAGCAGAUGAGGCGAAGCUGAAGGAAGCGCUGCUGUUGGCGAAUGCGUGUGGAGCCAUCACCACCACUGUUAGAGGCGCCAUUCCCGCUCUCCCGGAUGAAAUGAGGGUGGCUCAAAUGCUGGGUUGA